UACAUUGCUCCGAUACACAAGGCACUUGUGGUGAAGCUAAGGGAAGGCACCGGGCCAAAUGCUAAUACUGGUGUUGUCACUGGAGUUCUUGCAACUGUUGGGGAGCUUGCUAGGGUGGGAAGUUUUGGAAUGAAGCAAUAUCUUGGUGAACUAAUGCCAGUAAUUGUUGAAGCCCUCUUGGAUGGAACUACUGUUAUAAAGCGUGAAGUGGCUGUCGCAACUCUUGGUCAAGUUGUACAGAGCGCUGGAUGCUUUCAGACAACCGAACAAGCUGUAGUUGUUCAUCAGCCAAGCAAAAGUCAUAUCCAAAUCUUGCGUCGUGACUUUGUAUUAUUUGUGGAACCUAAUGUUGUGUAAUAGUUUGAUUGAGUUUAUUUUGAAAACUUUAAAUAGACUGUUGUUAACUGUUUUGUUGGUAUUGUGGCUUUUAUGAUUGAUUGUUUCAUGAGUGAAUUGAAUGAAUGGAUUAGUAGUUAAA